GUGGGAGGGGCUCGCCUGCAGCUCGUGUUUAAGAGCCGUGUCCAGUGCGGAAUAUAAACUCAUCUACUCUUUCGAACCGAACAAGAUGCCGUUUAUCGACUUAGAGACCAGUUUGCCCGCAAGUACAUUCUCUGAAGACUUCCUAAAAAAGCUAUGCUCCACUACAGCGGCUGUUCUGGGAAAACCAGAGGAUAGGAUGAAUGUGGUGGUGAAGCCUGAUCUGCCCAUGCUUAUUGCUGGUUCAUGUUCCCCGGCCGUGUCGCUCUUGGUCUCUGCCAUCUCUGUGACUGACACUGCAGACAAGAACAAGGAGCACAGCGCCAAACUCUUCCAGUUUCUCACCCAGGAGCUGGGACUCAGCCAGGACCGCAUCGUGAUCAGGUUCUACCCGCUAGAGCCAUGGCAGGUGGGGAAGAAAAGCACAGUGAUGAGCUUCCUGUAGAGAAACACACCCUACUUCUACCAUCAUACUGGUGUUCUGUGUAAGGGAAAAUGUGUUUCCGCACAAUGUGGGAGAAACACUUGAUUUUGAAAUUGAAAUUUGGAGGAUAGUACUGUACCCCCCCCAACCACCCCCC